CCCCUCUCCCGCCCCUCUCCCGCGCUCAGGUGCCGCCCCCGGUGAAGGCGGCCCGGGAGCGGCGUUAUGGCGGCGCUGGGGGACGUGUUCCGGAGAGCUCGGGGCAGGACUCUGACCGCCUUCCGCCAAGGUGAUGAGUACCAGUGGAAAGGACCUUUCUACUUCAUCCAAGGAGCAGAUCCUCAGUUUGGACUAAUAAAAGCUUGGGCAGUUGGCAAUACAGGAAGUGGAGAUGAUGAAUGGGGAGAAGAAAUCAAAUUAACAGAGCAAGCAGUGCAGGCCAUUAACAAACUAAACCCUAAACCCAAGUUCUUUGUGUUGUGUGGAGAUCUUAUCCAUGGAAUGCCAGGAACUCAGUGGAGAAAGGAACAAGAGCAAGAUUUAAAGAACGUUCUGAAAAACACUGACCAGGACAUCCCGUUGGUAUUUGUCAGUGGAAAUCAUGAUAUUGGCAAUACACCAACAAGAGAAACAAUAGAUAAUUAUUGCAAGAACUGGGGAGAUGACUACUUUAGCUUUUGGGUUGGAGGUGUUUUCUUUCUUGUGCUGAAUUCUCAGUUGUACUUUGAUUCUUCCAAAUGCCCAGAGUUAAAGCAAGCUCAGGAUGCAUGGCUUAAUGAGCAGCUGGCUGCUGCAGAACAACAUAAAUGCAAGCAUGUAAUAGUGUUUCAGCACAUCCCUCUGUUUCUGAGAACACCGGAUGAAGACCAUGAUUAUUUCAACUUGGAAAAAUCAGUUCGACAAGAGAUAAUGGAAAAGUUCCAUAAAGCAGGUGUUAAAGCUGUAUUUUCUGGACAUUACCACAGAAAUGCUGGAGGGUGCUACAGAGGACUGGAAAUGGUGGUUUCAUCAGCAAUAGGGUGUCAGCUGGGAGAAGAUAAACAUGGGCUUCGAGUGGUUCUUGUCACGGAGGAAAAGAUUGUUCAUAGAUACUACAGUUUAGAUGAGUUAAGCAGCCAAGGCUUGGAGAGAGAGAUGGUGAAUAUGCUUGCUAAGCAAAAUCAGUCUAUGUCAAAUCCCUUUUAACUCAAGUUGUUCUUGAGAGCAAGUUGUGAUAAGACAGCAGAUACAUCCAGUUAUGCAUUCACAGCUUGGGUUUCUGAAUUUGAACACCAUUAAAUUAGCAUAGAUUACUGCUUUAUAUUCACAAGUUGGAAUAGAUGGAUAGAAAAUUUUGUGCAGAAUACUGAUAUUUUCUGAUUCUUAGACAAAUGGAGAACUCCAAUUUCUAAAUGCAAUUUAAAAGUGUCUUGUUGAAAUAUUAUAGCCUUUGAAUCUUAAAAACAUGAAUAUAUGUCUUCUUCAUUGAAAUAAGUCUUGAAAAAAGUCAUGAGUUUUAAAUUUAGGUGCUGUAAUCCACCUAAUUUUUUUGGCAAUUUAUGUCUCCUUUGUUUACUAUUAAAUAAGAGGGGGGAAAAAAAAACAUGUAAUUAACUCAUAUCUCUAUGUUUGCAUCCUUACAUGAACACACUACAUCCCAUUCCCUGAGGUCAUCUAGAUAUACAGGUAGCACAGCUUUUUCACCUGAAGACGGAAGGACAGAAACAAUACUGAGUGAAAAAACAAUGCACUCAGCUCAUUUUACGUGUACUCACAUGCAUUGUCAUUCCUUAGACCUGUAGCUGCAAGUGAACAGUACCAACAUGAGCUACCAUCUCAUGAUAACAAACUAAGCAUAGGUAAUGUCUGAAUAAAAAGGAAAAUUAUUUUUCUUUUAAUCUCCUGCUGCUUCUGAUUAGUUUAAUGCUUUCACAGCCUCAUUUUUAAGGGAACAUCUGGGAAAUGGGAGUGAAUACCUAGGGCUAGCUAAACAUCCAGCAGGUAGUUUCACUGGAAGUUAAGCAGUUAAUUAGUUUAAUAGUUAAAAAUUAUUUUAAAAUCUGUGUACUCAUGUAUCUUUGAAACCACUGAUUUCUGUUAACAUUUAGUCUUGAACAGAUUAUAUUUAGUAAUCACAAGUUAUUAAAGGUUUCAGGAACGUCAUGAUGCCAGUCUUGCUAUUCAAUAUGACAGUUUACAUCUUAAGGCUGAAGAAGUUCAGCAGAGGGACCUGAGACAAUCCAACCAAGGAGUACACUCCCUGCUCUGGUACUGUAUUGAAAAACUGAAUGGAGGAAGUGCUUUUUCCAUAUGCCUGUUUAUUAAAGGAUGUAAUUUUAACUUAAAAUGUGAGUCCUGGGAGAUCCUAGAAACAUAACUUCAGGAGGUGGUCUUUCAACAACUGUGAAAACAUUAAUAGUAUUGUUACAAUAGAACUCUGUAACUUUAUUUUCAGAAGGAAAAAUUGCAGAAGAAGUGCAGAACAGAGGCAAACCAAAAUACUUUCAAGCAACAAGAAAAACAUAUACAGCACUUGUUUUAAAAGGAAAGCAAAAAAAACAGACAAUUCAAAGCAUUACCUUUGUUUUUAUUGACAUUUUCAUUUGUUUCUCUAGAAGUAAUUUCUUCCACUAGCUGUUUGUCAAAUGCGGAUAGUUUAUAGUACAUUUCUACUAAUCAUCAGCUUUUCCUUUCCUAGGAGACUCAUUAAAGCCUCAUCCUAGUUAAAAUGAUAGUGUUAUUAUUCCACUUUUGGGUAGCCAGCAAUUAAAACAACCCUCUUCUAAAUGCAUGCCUAUCUUUCUCAAAUAUUGUUCAGAAAGGCAUAGUAUUGUUAAAUUAAUAGGUAAUAGGAUUAUCUGUGCAUAUGCAAAUCUUUAUCUCCCGAUUCCAUAUUUAAAAAGAAAAGGCAUAGGUAUGCAGAAAGCUAUCUUCUACUGCUCUAAUGAAACAAAACCACCAGUCCCAAGUACAGCAACUACCCUGUCCAGGAACUUCCUGAAUAAUGGGCCAACAGCACACCAACUGGAAAACCAAUGACUUGUGUUCAGAUACGCAUGAGACAAAGCUAAUAUUACUGCAAAUGAAUAUGGCUCAUUUGGCACACUACGUGCACUGAAGCCAAGAGGGCACUAACAGGACAGAGUGCAUAAGGACAACUUAUCUAUCAUUUUACUACAGUAAAACUGAAGUGGUUCCUUACCAAAAAUAAGAUUCCAACAACAGGGAUUACUGUACUUACUCAGCACAUUUCAGGAUAUUUUCUUCAGACUGCAGAUUUCUAAGUUCUCCUGUAAUUGAUCUGUCAAAUUAAUAGAUUUUUUUCCCUAUUCUUUUCAUUUUGUACACUGUUGCAAUAGGUUAACUGAGAUUUCUUUUUUCCCUAAUGUGAAUUUCUGAGACUUGUUUUUAAAAGAAUUUUGUUUGCUGUGGACAAAUGCAGGAUGUAGUGGUUUCCAAGGUGUCUCAUUCAAAAUUAAUUCUAAAUUUUACAGCUUGAACUUUUUUAUAUAAAUUAGUUUACAUUUGAAACACACUAAUGGUUUGACAAAAAUAGAGACUUGUAUAUGUAUCAAAGGGAAGAAUCAAAACACAUCCAAAAAGUGAUGGGACUAUGACAAAACUUCACUUCCAGUUUCACUGAAGACUGUUUCACUACUCUUCUUACCUGUAUAUUAGGCAGUAUAAGAGUUUCCAGGUCACGCUGUCAGAUUAUUUCUAAGCUCUCUUAACAUCAGUGCAGACAUCUAAUGCCUCCCCUUAUCCUCCUAAGAAAUCAUGCAAUCCUAAUUUGUUUCUCAUUAAAGAUGCAUUGUACCACUAAUCAGCUAAGGGUAUUUUACUUGAAGCUUCUGGAAUUUAUUUUUAAUUCUUAAACAUUUUAAUUACCUUGCUUUGCCCUUGGGUUCCUAGAAAUUUAAUAUAAACACACAGCUUCCUCUGCAACUAGAAUAUAACCCAUGACAUUUCUGUACUAUUAAACAACAUUAUAGCAACACAA